AUGGACCAUGCUUCGUCCGAAGGGGAAUACGCCAGCGACGGCGACUCGGUCGUCGACGAGCAGGACCACGAACACGACCGCGGCCAUGACAUCAAGGCCGAGUCGGACGCCUCGCCCACCACUUCCUCCAAUGCAGCCGGAAAGAAUGCGCCUGGCGUGAGAGGCGCUGUCCAUCUCCAGAAGCGCCGCCGAGUCACCAGAGCUUGCGACGAAUGCCGCAGGAAGAAGAUCAAGUGCGACGGCAAGCAGCCAUGCACCCAUUGCACCGUGUACAGCUAUGGUAAAUGAACCCUGCUCCAACUUGACCAACGAGCGCAGUGCUCACAAGCAAUCACAGAGUGCACCUAUGACCAGCCCUCGAACCGCCGCAGGAACCCGGCGCCCCAGUAUGUGGAGAAUCUCGAGCACCGGGUACAUCGCGCCGAGACUUUACUGCAUAUUCUGAUCCCCAAUCUCGACCUGAACGACCCUGGCAUCGAUGCCGCAGUUGCUCAGGGCUGGAUUCCUGGCGCUCCCGGCAAAGGUCACCCCACGCCGGCCCAGGAAUCACGACAGGCACGUCCGCGCCCAUCAGAUGCCACGGACAAGAAGUCCGACACCAACUUGGAAUCCAUGGUCCGAGCCGUUGCUCAGCUUGAAAUGGACGAGACGGGCCAUUGGGACUACCAUGGCCACUCAUCCGGUCUGAGCUUCGUCAGGAGGAUGCGUGAGCAACUCGGCGAUCUCAUGGGCCCCGAAACAGUUGCCACGCCAUUUGUGAAGACCAGACCCAUGUCCCCGCUCCUCGACUCGCCCAAGUCAGUGGUGGAAUCGCCUAUGGGCGAAUCCUCUCCACCCAGCACAGACUUGCCUCCAAAGGGCAUGGCGAGACAGCUAUGCAGCUACGCAGUAAACGACGCAGCGGCGUUGUUGCGGACCGUGCAUCAACCUACAUUUUGGGCAGGCUUUGAACGCAUCUACAGCAUUCCGUCCGAAAACUACACAAAUGAGGAGAAUGUGUUUUUGCCGUUGUUCUACGCGGCAGUCGCGCUCGGCUGCUUGUUUGGGAAGGACGGUGAGAAUGGUGUGCACCGCGAAGGAUACGAAACCGCCAUACAACAAGGAUUCGCCUACUUCAAGACCGCGAGGCACCUUAUGGACAUCGCUGAUUGCCGAGAUCUAGCGUCCGUUCAGGCCGUCAUCUUCAUGAUUCUUUUCCUCCAAUCCUCCGCCAAAAUGUCGCAGUGUUACGCGUACGUCGGCCUUGCCCUGCGAUCUGCGUUGCGUAUGGGUCUGCAUCGCUCAGCAGCCGGUCGAUUCGAUCCCAUCGAAGCAGAGAGUCGCAAACGAGUCUUCUGGAUCGUUCGCAAGUUGGACAUUUACGUUGGCGCAAUGCUGGGCCUGCCGCAGACGUUGAGUGACGAAGAUAUUGACCAGGAGUUUCCCACCGCGGUGGACGACGAGUACAUCACACGAGACGGUAUCCUGCCAAUGCCUGAGGGCACGGUUUCUUUGAUGACCGCAUUCAACGCGCAUACGCGUCUCGUGCAGAUUCUCCAAAAAAUAGUACGCAAGAUCUAUCCUAUCAAGGUCCAGAGCCCCGAGGAUCCUGGAGAUAAGUCAUACUCGAUCCCCUUCUCGACCAUUCGCGAAAUCGAAAGCGACCUCGAGUUCUGGAAGAAUAGUCUACCGCCCAUCCUCAGUCCGUGUGAGGCGCCGGCACGGUACACGCGGAUCCAACACCUUCUGCGCCUGUCAUAUGCUCAUGCCCAAGUCCUUCUCUACCGGCCAUUCCUCCACUUUACUGCUAUGGAGAAACGAUCCGCGCCCGCGGAUCAGCGAGCAUACGCUUGCGCCGCAUCUUUCGUCAACGUCUCGCGCAACAUCAUUCACAUUGCAUCCCAGAUGAAACAAAUGGGCUUGCUGAAUGGCCCGUUCUGGUUUAUCAUGUACACCACCUUCUUCUCGAUCUUGGCACUGGUAUACUUCGCUGCCGAAAACCCGGACAAUCCAACCACGGAGGCCGUCAUGAAAGACGCAAUCGAGGGAAGGGAAGUGCUUGCUUCCUUGACGACUACCAGCAUGGCUGCCGAUCGCUGCACGGCCACGUUGGACAUUGUGUUCCAGCGCCUUCCUCCCUGGAUGAGAGAAGGUCAAAAGAACCCCGGAAUUAGCAAAAAGCGGCCAUAUGGGCAGAGCGCACAAUACUACCAAGCGCCCAAUGGCCAAGCCUCACGCAGCCACUCGGAUGUUCCCAUGAUCGGUCAAGAGCACGUGCAAAGUUCCAAGCGUUCCAGCACAUAUCCCACACCCGGUGCUUCGGGAACUCCGGGCACGACAUCUCCGUAUGACGGUAGCACAUGGUCGCAAUCAGAAUCCACUUAUGGGCCCCAAACACCGACGUCUUCAUCGUUUGAUUCCAAUGGCUUUGCUGGCGCGACACACAGGAGUGUCUCGCACCCCAUGAGCAGCACGAUGCAGCAGUACUCCCUGCCACCCAACUUUGCGAAUCCGCAGCUGACUGACCUUUCGACUAUGAUGUUCCCUGCAGCCGACGAGCCCUUUGUCUACCCGAAUCAACCGCUUACAACAUUUGAGAAUAAUCAAUACGCGAAGAACGAUAGCUCCUUCGUAAACCAGCCAGCAUACAGUGGUGUGGAAGGCUCUGGGCAGGUAGCUCACACGUCUCGGGGCCCUGAGGAGAACAUCGAGGCACGGUUCUAUACUCUACCUCCCUAUCUUGAGCAGGGCCAACAGCAACAACCGAUGCCCCGGCCACAGCCACGGCAGCAGGGUAUGCCUUUUUCGCAGAACAUGCCGUAUAUCGAUGGGCAACCUACCAGCGCUGCAGAGGCGAUGCAAAUGUCGAAUGGACAGUGGCCCGGACAGCAAGCGUUCCAACAAAAUCUGUCCAACAUCAACAUCCACGACCUCUUCGGCGGCGCCGAGUGGAAUCCGAUGUUCCAGCAGGGAUAUACAAGCCAGCGGUGA